AUGCAAUAAUAAUUUUUUUUUAUAUAAAAAGAAGUAAAACAAAGUGAAUAAGUUUAAAAAAUAUUUUUUUAAAAAUUUAAUAAAAUGAAUUUAACACAAAUGAGCGGUCAACUAGACUUACUCGACAUAGCUGGAAGCAUGUUGGAAAAGCAUGAUUCUAAAGAUAUGUGUGCACCGGGGCUCUUGGAGAUGACCGGCAUAAAUCAACACGGAAUGGCAACAGCUAGUGGUCUCAAUGAUUAUGAUUACCAAACACUCUCAAGUUUGUCCAUGGGUCAGAAGCAGUUAAAUCAAUUACAAACUGUGAAUAAAAUUCCUAUACCUCCUGAGAUUUUGGAGCAUUUUAAGCAUAUAAAAUGUCACUGCAUGAUGGGGCUUUUUCCGGAAAUAGGAAGAGCUUGGUUAACGAUUGAUUCAGAAAUAUAUAUUUGGACUUAUGAGCAAUCUCGUGAUGUAGCAUAUUAUGAUGGUUUAAGUCAUCUUAUUAUUAGUGUGGGUUUGGUGAAACCGAAACCUGGUGUUUUUAUAAAUGAUGUUAAAUAUCUCUUAAUACUAACUACUCCAAUUGAAAUAAUUGUUUUAGGUGUCACCUUUGGCGAUACGACGAAGACUAUAUCUUCGCCAACACGCAAUUUUCAGAGUACUGCUACAUUCGAAGAGAUGCAGUUAAUGAACAAACCUAUUUUUAUAUUGAGCACUGAUAACGUUUCUAUAAAUGUUGUUAUGGGAAGUGAGAAUGGUCGAAUUUUUUUGGGAGGACGUGACGGAUGUCUUUAUGAAAUAUCUUAUCAAGCAGAGUCAAGUUGGUUCGGAAAACGGUGUAAAAAAGUAAAUCAUUCUCAGGGUAUAGUCUCAUACAUUGUUCCUAGCUUCUUGAAAGUAUUUUCGGAAAAUGAUCCGAUUGUUCGGCUGGCAAUAGACAGUAGUCGUCAAUUGCUAUAUGUUUUAACAGAAAAAGGUUCGAUAGAGGCUUGGGAAAUGGGACAAGAUUGUAAUACGAUGCGUCGCAUAGCUAAAGUGACUCAAAAUGAAAUUUCUCAAAGUGCCGGAAACAUAAUAAAGACCGUAGACCCAGCAGUGUUUAAAAACAUUAAAUCAAUUUGUCCCCUUUCGGUGGAUGAUUGUCAAAAUCUACAUUUAUUGGCGGUAACUCAAUGUGGCGUCCGUUUGUUUUUUGCAACGAAUCCGCUGAUAGCAUUUCAAAAUCCUAAUAUUCAUCAAACUUCUCUCAACCAAUCUCAAAUUUCAAUGACACAACAUUCACCAGCGAAAACUACACCAGUGGGUGGCACGGUUGGUACUGUGACAGCUCCAACGUCACCACAGUGUCCGGCAAUAGAACAAAGGAGGCAACAAGGUUUGUAUCUUUUACAUGUGAGAUUGCCGCCUGGAUAUACGCCCAAUACAACCAUCAACAAACCAAAGCAAGUUCAUUCGGCCCACUUCAACGAAGGCACUUUACUGAUGGUUUCAACGCCGCAACAGGAUCAAGAUAUUUUGUGGUCUAUAAGUUCAGCACCUUUUCCACAUCGUCCAUAUUUAACUGAAUCGACCACGGUAAUUCCAUUGGAUGGUAUUGUCUGGAGUUUGGCAGAGAUUCCGGAUCGUUGUAAGGCACAACUGCAAUCAAUAUUGCGUAAAGCACAGAAACCUAAAAAAGUGGUUCUAUUAACUAAUCAAGGAGCUCACAUUAUUUCGCUACUGAAACCUGUAGAUAUUUUACAACAAUUGCUUAUUGCCUGUCACGGACCGCAUCAUGAUGCAGUCAAAGCAUUCUUUCAGGCUCAAGGAGAUCGCGAAGCUUGUGCCACAGCUUUACUUCUAACGUGCUCAGAACAGUAUCGUGGUACAGAUUUAGCAAUGUGGGCGGCACAGUCAUUUUUAUUGUAUGGUGGCGAGCCAACGUUUUCAAAUCAAAUGCAAAUGAUGGGAGGCAUGCAGGGUCAACGUCCAUAUUUAAACAACUCUAUGGGUAUGGACCAACGCAACACGCCACAAAUGUUCAUAUCAACACCAAUGCCAAAUACUGGAAGCGGUGGCUUAGUAAAUCGUACACUGCAAAAUACUCCCAUGCAAAGUCCUAUACAACAUAUGCAGUAUCCCCUAAGCCCAAUAUACAAUCAAAAUUCAUUCACUGGAUCUGGCAUUGCGCCGGUUAACGAUAUGAAUGCAAUUAUUUAUUCUUCUAAACAUGAUGGUUUGUAUAUAUAUGUGGCACGUCUAUUACGCCCAAUAUGGAAAAUUCGUUGUGUGGAUGAGAAUCUAAAUAGUAAAUUAACUCAGGCUGAUUGCACAUUUAUUUUGGAAGAUUUGUAUGCGCUUAAAAAUUUUUUGGAUGCAAACUCCGUCAAUGAUUUAUCCUGUACAAUGAGAGCUUUUAAUAACCAAAAUACACUUUCCAAUGGAUAUGGACUUUUGAUGCAAAAUACAACUAAUAUGCACACAAAUGACCCACAUAUGAAUGCUGCUGAACAAGCUCAAACCGAAGAGAAGCGUUCAUUGACAGCUUUGAAUUAUUUUAUAAAACAUACUUGUGAAGUUAUAGCAUUGUGGAAGAUUUUAUGUGAACACCAAUUUCAAGUUUUAGCCAGCCAACUGUUGAAGGAUCAACAAUCUGUUCUAUUAUCAUGCACUUUUCGUGACUUAAUUUUGUCUCGUUCUGAGUCGUGUGCCCUUUUAAUUGUGACUUUAAUAAAUUCUUAUUUAAAGGACAACGCAUCUGUUAGCACAAUAUCUUCAAAAUUACGCGACGAAUGUCCCAAUUUAUACCGCCACGAAGAUGCCGUCUCAUUUAAAGCCACUGAAAUUUUAAUGAAUUCUAAAAAUUGUACUAUUAUUGAAGAAAAGCAGGAUAAAUUGCGAACAGCACUACAACUGUGCAAAGAUGCAGCUCCGAAUUUGCCUUUACAAAAUAUUUGUCAGCAGUUUACACUUAGUGGCUUCUUUGAAGGUGUUAUAGAGUUGACCGCUACCUGCGCUUCCAAAAUUGACCCUGAAGAAUUUGGCAUACACUUUUACCAGAGUGAUGAACCAGAAGAAGAUCGCGAAGGAUAUGCUGCAUAUGCUGCACGUCUAAACUGUUAUAAGGAAGUAAAACUGAUGAUGGAUCAUGUUUACCAAUCUGUUUGUAAUGCCAAUGCAAACCAAGAGUUUUCUCAGCAAAUCUGCAAUAAACAAGAGCUGAGUGUAAACGCUCAAAUUAUGAAAAUUGUUGGCAUGGCUGUACAAGUAAAAGAUCCGAUUUUACAUGUUUGUGUCUAUGAAUGGCUAAUGGUGCACGAUAUGCUAUCUGAGCUACUAUCGUUAACGGAACAAACAUUGGGCGAAUUUCUACGAAGAAAUGUUGUACGACAUCCAGAUAAUUUAAAUUUAAUAGAUUUGUUGUGGAAAUACUACGAAAAAAAUGGUCACCAUGCACAGGCAGCACGUAUUUUAGAUAAUUUAGCAUCGACGCAGAGUGAUGGUAUUCCGCUGGUGCAAAGAAUAGAAUAUUUGGCUAGAGCAGUAAUGUGCAUGCGAAAUGAUGGCGUUGGCUACUCAAUAACAAAUGGUGUCUUACUGAAGGAAUUGGAGGAUAAGUUAGAAAUUGCUCGUGUUCAAAAAACGGUCUUGGAUGCUGUUUCGUCUUUAGCUCCAAGCAAUAGUGAUGCUAAUAAAGCUGUAGAAAAUUUAAACAAAAUUUUAUAUGACAUUACUCAGUUAUACGAAAAUUUCGCAGAUCCAUUUGAUUUGUGGGAAUGUAAAUUAACUAUCCUUAACUGUUCGCAUCAUAAUGACCCUUUGCUCAUUGAAUCAGUAUGGGGCAAAAUCAUAAAUAAAUCUGUCGAAGGCGCUGGUUCCAUACAAGAAAGAAGCACACGAUUGUUUUCGAAAAUUGAAACUCUAUUCAAGGAGUUUGGGGAGUCGGGUCACUGCUUUCCACUUGCUUUCAUUAUAAGAGAACUGGAAAUAAAGGCAUGUCAGUUGCGUUUAUCAGAAGGCAUUGUACCAGAUAAAUUAGUAGCCAUGAAUAUCGAUGUAGAAUUACUGAUGGAAUAUUAUUCCAGAAUGAUUUCAAUUAAUGAACGAGUAUGGGCAAAUGAAGGCAAUGAGUGGCAUUUAGUUCAAUCUUCAAUACGGGUAGUUACUCUUUUGGCAAACAAUGCUCAUGCUAUAUGGUCCAGAUCAAAACGGCGUAUAAUUGGAAAAGCGCAAGAUAUGGUAUCAGUUUGUUUAAAUUUGUGCUAUCAGAAACCAGGAACUGAACGAAUGCAACAGUCCUUAAAGGAAUUGCAAUGCCGCCUUCAAAGGAGUUUGACAUAAGUUUUAAAGUAAAUUAUGUUGAUAAGAUUUAGUUUUUAAAUUCCUCUAUUUUUAUAUUAAUAGCCGUUUGUUGAUAGGGAAACUCAAUAUUUUAUGAUCUAUUGUUUUCAAUACCAAUAAAUAAUAAUUGCAACAUUUAAA